ACAACUGCAGGAAGCCUGGGAAUGAACACAAAAAGAUAUUUCUCUGCAUCUGGUACACACCAAGCUCGUUCAGUAGUAAACUAUGAAGUCAAAGGAGACGUCGCUGUUGUUCGUAUGAAUGACCCCAACGCCAAGGUUAAUACAUUAAACAGACAAUUCAAUGCAGAAGUCGAGGAAGUCUUUCAUGAACUAUGGGCCAACGAUGGGGUCAAAGCAGUGGUGCUCGUGUCGGCCAAGCCAGGAAACUUUAUCGCAGGAGCAGACAUAAAUAUGCUGGGCUCAUGCAAAACAGCAGAUGAGGUUACAGAGCUUUCAAGAAAUGGAUAUGCAUUAUUAGAUGCAGUAGAACAGAGUAAUAAGCCCGUGGUUGCUGCCAUUAAUGGAACCUGCUUGGGAGGAGGACUUGAGGUUGCCCUGAGCUGUCAUUACAGAAUCGCCACCAAGGACCGCAAGACGGUGCUGAGCACCCCCGAGGUCAUGCUCGGUCUCCUCCCCGGCGGAGGAGGCACCCAGAGACUGCCCAAGCUGAUCGGUGUACCCAACGCUCUUGAUAUGAUGCUCACCGGCAAGAAUAUACCGGCGGAGAAGGCUAAGAAGAUGGGCCUGGUUGACAUGCUGGUGUCUCCUUUGGGCCCUGGUACCAAACCUGUGGAUGAGAGGAAUAUUGAAUACCUAGAGGAGGUUGCAGUUCAAACAGCAAGAGACCUAGCAGCAGGGAAGAUCAAGACAGACAAACCCAAGUCAAUGAUGCAGAAACUCCAAGACGCAAUAAUGGGUACCCAGUUCGUCCAGGAUCAGAUGUACAAGAAAGUCAAAGGAAUGGUGAUGAAAAACACAAACGGACUCUACCCCGCCCCUUUCAAGAUAAUAGACUGCGUCAGGACAGGAGUCGAUAAAGGAAGUGAAGCGGGGUACCUCUUAGAAUCUCAAGAAUUUGGCAAUCUGGCGAUGACACCGCAUGCAAAGUCAUUGAUGGGACUAUUCCAUGGCCAGGUGGCAUGUAAGAAGAACAAUUACGGUACACCAGAGAGAAAGGUCGAGACCCUAGCGAUCCUUGGUGCCGGUCUGAUGGGGGCGGGCGUUGCCCAGGUCAGCGUAGAUAAGGGCAUGCAUGUCCUACUCAAGGAUAUGUCACUUCAGGGCCUUGCCAGAGGAGAGCAACAGAUCUUUGGCGGAAUGGACAAGAAGGUGAAGAGGAAGAAACUGACAAGUUUUGAGAGGGACACCAUCAUGUCCAAUCUUACUGGUCAGAUCGACUACACCAACUUUGACAAGUGUGACAUGGUGAUCGAAGCAGUCUUUGAAGAUUUAGCCAUCAAGCAUCGGGUCAUCAAGGAAGUUGAAGCUGUCAUUCCAGAGCACUGCAUAUUUGCAUCCAAUACAUCUGCCUUACCAAUCACACAUAUCGCUGAAGCCAGCAAGAGACCAGAACAGGUUGUCGGCAUGCACUACUUCUCACCCGUCGACAAAAUGCAACUCCUCGAGAUCAUCACAACACCCAAGACUUCCAAAGACACUACAGCCUCUGCUGUUGAGGUAGGCCUCAGGCAAGGCAAGGUGAUUAUCGUGGUAGGAGAUGGACCUGGGUUCUACACCACAAGGAUUCUCGGUCCUUUCCUCUCGGAAGCCAUCAGGAUUCUACAGGAAGGAUGCAGCCCCAAGGAUCUUGACAAAGCCAGCAUUGCCUUUGGGUUCCCUGUCGGUACAGCCACACUGGCCGACGAGGUCGGUCUGGACGUCGCCUCACACAUUGCCAAAGAUCUGGGUGAGAAGUUUGGGGAGAGGUUUGCUGGCGGUGAUCCCGUGGUCCUUCAUGACAUGGUGCAAGCAGGGUAUAUGGGUCGUAAGAGCGGCAAGGGAUGCUUUGUGUAUUCAGGCUCCAAGAACCGCGAGGUGAACGAGGGCGCGGAAGCCAUCAUCAAGAAGCACGCCCUCCCGAGGCAAGGUGUAGACAGUGUGGAGGAUAUCCAGAUGAGGAUGGUGACGAGGUUCGUCAAUGAAGCAGUCCUUUGCCUACAGGAAGGCAUCCUCAGGAACCCUGUUGAAGGAGAUAUCGGUGCUGUCUUUGGUCUUGGUUUCCCUCCCUUCCUUGGGGGUCCAUUCAGAUGGGUUGACAGCUUUGGAGCCGACAAGAUCAUAGCUGCGAUGGAAAAGUAUGGUGCCGUCUACGGCGCCGCCUACGAACCAUGCCAACUCCUGCGAGAUCACGCGGCAGACCCAUCAAAGAAAUUCCAUUCAAAUUAAAUCAUUCAAUAUUUGUAGCCUCACCAAGCAUUUCAAUUGUAAUGUGUCAAAAUUCAAUUCUAAUAUGUCAGAAUUUCUAACACAGAGGACAAAGAUACGUGGUAUUGAACUCACUGUCGUCAGUUUCCCAAGGAAAUGUUUUUUUUUUUUUUGCACUUCUUGCAAUGUUCUAGUUUGUACAGAGUUUAUUAUGAAUAUGCAUUGCAAUGCCAUUUUAAUUUUUAGGUCAUCUUGAAGAUGAUGAAGAUGUUUCUUACAUAUGAAAAUGCUAUUAAAAACAAAGUUCUGGAGAUCCUCAUAUGCCUAUUUCUAGAAUUGUUUUGAGGUAUGAGCUGGAAAUUAUUUGAAAAGAGUAAAACUACAACUUGAUUUUAAAUCUGCAAGAAAAUUUAUGACGUGAAAGCGGUGGAAAUGUUGGAUAUUUCAGUUGACUUCAACUGUAGCAUUAUUUGUUUAGAGAAUAUGUGUUUUAUAAACUGAAAUAAUCCUCUAAAUUAAAAGCAAUGGGGAGUAUUUCACAAAGAAAAUCGUUGGUGAUGUUCAUUUCCAAACGUUGUAAGCUACUGAAAUCCUGUCAUCCUAUUGGUUGAGAGAGAAUUUGUCUGUGAAAAGCACAAGUAUCUCUGUGAUAUUCUCUUUCUCACAUUUGUGAAAUGGGAUUGAAGUCGAUGACCAAACAUACUUUCCAGAUUAUUUAUUUCCCUUGAAUAUCCCUUUCCGUUAACUAUUUGUUUACCAUUAUUGUGCUUGUGUUGUAGGAAUCCUAAUUUCUAAGCCUUCACUCAUUGAGAUGAGGGGGUUUUCACAAAGAGUUUUGUGUGACUUUCAUGCUUAAAUGCUGACGCGCACAUGAAAUAUAACACUCGAACUUAUUGAUUGGUACGCAGUAGCGCGCGUCCUCUUGGCAAGAUUUGACUGAUGCAGUGGUGCGUCUCACACCGCAUGCAACCGGGAAUUUAAGUGCGACUCUAAGUCACGCAUACACUUUGUGAAACGGCCCCUGGUUUCCAUUUUAUUGUCUCUACCUUUAAAAUGAUGAGUUUGGCUCUUUCAAAGUAUACUUAGUUCAAUAUCCCGAUUUCAAUCGUCAUGUUUUGAUGAGAGCCACGCUCUAUUUGAAAGUUGAUUGGUAUGUGUGUGAAAUUGAUGGAAAAGAAUUUAAAAAAGUGACAUUCAAAUAUGGAAGAGGGGAUUAAAAAAAAAUAUAUAUACAUUUAUGUGUUCAAAGAUUAAUGGAGAAAAUGGUUGCCCAGUAUUGUGAAUUAUUUUCAGCUUGCAAUAAAGAAAUAAAAGAAAUAAAGAUGUAUUUAAACAAA